AGUCGCUCUCUUGUAACACCAACAGAAGCCAGCAGCAGCAACAGCAGCAGCAGCAACAGCAGCAGCAACCACAGCAACAGCAACAGCAAUUACAGCAACAGCAGCAGCAACAACAACAGCAGCAGCAACAACAGCAGCAGCAACUGCAAUAA